AUGUCGCUCAAUGAGAUCCGUGGCCGUCUGGCCCUCAUCACCGGCGCUUCGGGAGGAAUCGGAUCAGCCUGUGCAGACCAACUCGCACAACAUGGCGUCCAUCUUGCGCUAACCUACUCAUCCAAUCUCGACGCCAUGAACGCAGUCGUAAAGGACCUGCAAUCCAAAUACGCAGAGCAAAAGCUCCGCAUCUCCAUCCAUCAAGUCGACGUCGGAUCCGCCGACCAAAUUGAAGCCAUGUUCCAACAAAUUGACAAAGAGCACGGCCAGCGACCGGAUAUUCUCGUCUCCAAUGCUGGAUACGGCAAGCGCUUCCCUAACGUGUGGGAGAUUACCCUCGAGGAAUUCGAUUACACGUUGAACAUUAACCUUCGUGCCUCGUUCAUUCUUGUGAAGGGUGUGGUAGAGCAUAUGAAGAGCCAGCGGUGGGGGCGAAUUGUGUUUAUGUCCUCGAUUGCUGCGCAAGGAGGAGGCAUUAAUGGCUGUCACUACGCUGCAUCCAAGGGUGGCCUCACAGGUAUGAUGAAGAAUCUAUCCACCCGCCUCGCCGAGUUCAACAUUAGCGUCAACGACGUUGCCCCCGCCAUGAUCGGUGAUACGGGUAUGAUUCCCAAUGCGGCGGCGAUUCCUGAAGUUGCGGCGGGUAUCCCACUGCAAAGGCUGGGAACACCGGAGGAAACGGCUAAUGUUGUUACCAUGUUGUGUAAAACGGGCUAUAUGACUGGCCAGAGUCUUCUUUUGGCUGGAGGGUUGAAAUGA